UACUAUGAAAAAGAGAGAGUUGUUUCUACACUUGUAUUGCUUUUUUCCCCCAACCCCACCUUUAGUUUAUGGAUUUCCGUAUUGCUUGUCAGAGACAGGAGCUGCCAUAAAGGCAGCAGCUGCAGCAGCAGCAGCAGCAGCAGAUGCCCACAGAGGUGGUGCAGUAGAGUCAUAAUAUGUGCAACAGUACACGCUCAGAAAGAAAGAAAGAGAGGUGGCAGCAAUGUGAUCAGAACCAUUAGUUUUUAUCCAUGUACACACAAGAUUCUGCUACCCAAAUAAAUAUACUUACAUAUCUCUCUCUCUCCUAUGCAUUUACCUCAACACUCCCAACACUCGUAUCACUACUACUACUGAAACAUAAACAAGAAACUACUGCACUCUUCUUCUCUGAAUUUCUUUGAGAUUUUGAAGAUUGUGGUGGACAGCAAGAGUUGUGUUUGUGUUCUUGAUGAUGAGUGGUGGUGGGAGAAGUAGUAGUAGUAGUAGUAGUAGUAGGUUUCCUUUCACUGCAACCCAAUGGCAAGAACUUGAACACCAAGCUCUUGUUUUCAAGUACAUGGUUUCUGGUGUGCCUGUACCACCAGAUCUCCUCUUCACCAUCAGAAGAAGCUUGGAUUCUUCACUUUCCUCCAAGUUCCUCAUCCACCAACCCCAACACAUUGGAUGGAACAGCUUUCACAUGGGAUUUGGGAGGAAAAUAGACCCUGAGCCAGGGAGGUGCAGGAGAACAGAUGGAAAGAAGUGGAGGUGCUCAAAAGAAGCCUAUCCAGAUUCCAAGUACUGUGAAAGACACAUGCACAGAGGCAGAAACCGUUCAAGAAAGCCUGUGGAAAUUCUGUCACAAACAACAGCUACAGCUACAGCCCCAAAUGCUAUUCCCAUCAACAAUAACACAUCAAUCACCAACAAGAACACACAGAUUAUUUCACCUUCCAGCCCAGUUUCUUAUCAACCCUCUGAACCCCACUUUCUCUAUCCCCAUUUCUCAUCCUCCAGGCCUCCAGGCAUUGGCCUGUCAUCUCAAGAAAACACCACCAACUUUUUCCUGGAACCUAAUGCUCCUUCUCGUGCACCACCCAAAGAUUGCAGAAACAGCAGCUAUGGACAUGGAAUGAAAGGUGAAACUGAUGAGCAUGCAUUCUUCUCAGAGGCCAACUCUAAUUCUGGUGGUUCAUUUGAUUCUUCCUGGAAACUGGCACCCCUGACAGUGGGUUCAUCAUCACUGCCCCAAAUGAAACACAAUGCUAAUUAUUCUUCUGACUUCCAAAAUGGGCAGAGGAUUCAAAGUCUUAACAGCCAACAAAAACAUCAUGACCACUACUAUUACAGUACUUGUGAUAUGGCUUUGAACCUGGAGAGAGAUGACCAACCCAAGAAAGUAAUGCACCACUUUCUUGAUGAAUGGCCACCCAGAGACAAAGAUUCUUGGCUUACUUCUGAAGAUAAAACGCCAACCCAUAAGACUCAGCUCUCCAUUUCCACUCCAAACUCUAUGCAUGACUUCUUCAUGACCCCAAAAUAGUAAGAACUCAAUAACUGAGCACAUUCAUCAAACACAUACUACACACUCAUAUCUUCUCACAAUGAGUGCAUCUGCUUCCUUUCUUGUGUUGCAGAAGCAAAGAAAACAUGACCUUGAGAAGUGGGCUUCUCCUUUGAAUCAAAGGGAAAGCACAGUACACUUACAAAUGGUGGUGGGACACUGCUUUUCUGUAAUAGAUAGCUAUGAGUAUAGAUUGUGUAUUGUGGCAUGGAAGCUGUUCUUGUUCUUGCAUUUGGGAGAAAAUUACACAUGGUAACUGGGAAUCCUUGGACUUCAGUAUUCCACGUUGUAUUUGUUGAUCGCUAUUACUACUAGUAGCAUUUACUUGUUUGAAAGGCAGCUGCCAAUUUUGCGUCGUGUUGUACUUUUUUCUCAACAGAAGAUAUUAGAUAUA